UGUAGACAGAGGGUCAUUUUCAAUAGAAGUAGUGGUGUUAUUAUAUGCAAUGAAGAUCUAUUACCCUACAAGAGUGUUUCUCCUUAGAGGAAAUCAUGAAUGCAAAUAACUAACAAGUUACUUCAAUUUUAGAGAUGAAUGUCUAUAUAAAUAUGACCAAGAAGUCUAUGAAGUUAUCAUGGCAUCAUUUGAAAACAUGCCCUUGGUGGCUUUAAUAAACAAUAAAUUCUUAUGUUUACAUGGAGGUAUAUCUCCAGAUCUAAAAUCUUUAGCUGAUGUUGAAAGAAUAGAUAGAUUCAGAGAACCACCAAAGGCAGGAUUGUUUUGUGAUAUAUUAUGGGCUGAUCCUGUUGAAAAUGAUGAACUUUAUGAUGAAAUCCAUUAUAGAGGCAACGAUACAAGAGGUUGCAGUUGGUUUUUCGGAGAAAAGGCUGUCUAACCAUUCUUAGACAAUAAUAAGUUCAUUUGUUUGAUAAGAGCUCAUGAAGCUUAAUUAGAAGGUUAUAGAUUGUACAAAUACAAUGAAAAAGUAAAAGAAUUUCCUCAAGUAUUAACAAUAUUUAGUGCUCCUAAUUAUUGUGAUGUCUAUAAUAAUAAAGCAGCAAUUUUAAAAUUUGAGAAUUGUACACUUAACAUAUCUCAAUUCGGUUACUCUUAGCAUCCCUAUUUGUUACCUCACUUUUUAGAUAUUUUUUCAUGGUCAAUACCAUUUGUUACUGAAAAAGUAACUGAGAUGCUUAAUUAUGUAUUAUAACCAAGACCUGAUGAGAAGAUUGAAGAUUCGGAUGAUGAAAUACCAAAUGCUUAAAAAAUUAUCAAAUAAUAAACUUUGGGAUAACCAGCAUCGAACAGUCGUCCCUUAGGCAAAUUACAACAAAUUACUUAAAAAUAAAUUGAUAUAACCAAAUCUAAAAUCUCAUUUGUUUCCAAAAUGAUGAAAAUGCAAACAGUACUCAGGUAAGAAAGAGAAAAUAUCAUAAAACUAAAAGGAUUAUGUCCUGAUAAACGUAUUCCAAGAGGAGUCUUAUUAUAAGGAGCAGAAGGAAUCAAAGAUGCACUAGAACAUUUCAAUACAACCAGAGCUGCAGAUAGAAUCAAUGAAAAAUGGCCAGAAACUAAAUGA